AUGGGGAGGGUGUGAAUUGUGUACAGAAGUACAGCUGCGUUCAAGUAGAAUCCGGGAUUGUAAAAAAAUUCGAAAAAUGGCGGGUGUACUGGAAGGGAUAGCGACGGAGCAGCCGCUGUCAUCGACGGCGCCCAGCGUUGUGUAUGGCCGAUGGGAUGUCCAGUAUGCUCGCUUCGUUUUAUUUCCUUCGUCUCCUCACGCCUCUCAUCCUUUUCUGGUUCCCCACUCGGCCUCGACACGAAAGGCGCGGAGAGGCGGCAAAUGGAUCUCCACCGCAUCAGAUACUUCCUCCUCCACCGCCUCUCUCAAACUACUAGCCCUUGAGGGCACCAGUCUUACUGAUCAGAUCCUUGUUGUCUCUCUCGGUUGCAAAAUCCUUGAAGAGCACUACAUUUCACGGCUGCAUUUUGCUUGGCCUCAGGUCUCAUGUGUAUCAGGAUUCCCUUCAAGGGGAACGAGAUCAGUCUUCGUCAGCUAUAAGGAUCAUGCUGACCAGAUUCAGAAAUUCGGCUUACGAUUUUUGACGAUAUAUGAAAUAGAAAAGUUUAUGACUGACUUGAAGGAAAACAUGGAGGCUCUUAGGCCUACACCACUUAUAUGUCAUCAAGUUGCUUCUGCAAUAUCUUCUCAAUCAGAGUUCAUUCCUUCUAAUGAAGCUGCACACAGGGUUAACAAAGAGGGGCUACCUUCAGCUUCAGCUGACACCUAUGAAGAAAACAUGGAGGCUCUUAGGCCUACUCCACUUAUUUGUCAUCAAGUUGCCUCUGGAAUAUCUUCUCAAUCUGAGUUCAUCCCUUCUGAUGAAGCUGCACACAGGGCCAACAAAGAGGAGAUGACUUCAGCUGACACUUAUGAAGUACCGGCAAGCACAAGCUAUGAAGUUUCUCAAGAUUCAAAUUCACAAGAAUCGCGAUUACAUCGUGAAGCAGAAGAGGUUCUGUCAAAUUUUCCACCCAGUUUCACUUCUUUCCUGAUGAACUGUGGCCCUCCACUUGAUGAACAAGUUGCAGUACAACCAGCUCUGUCACACGACAAUGAUCUGAAAGCCCAAAUUAUGAAAUAUAUGGAAGAUUCUUCCUUCCAAGAUAUGCUGUUAAAAGUAGAGCAAGUCAUAAAUGAAGUUGGUGACAUAAGCACAUUGCUGUAAGCACCAGAAAGGCAACCCAAGUAGUAGUAAAACAUAGUCCGUAUAUACUUCUAUCUAUACUUAUUUUCUCCAAGCUUUCUUGAUUACUAUCUCUACACGGUAAGCUGUACAAGUGAUUAUGUGUAUUGAAGAUUGAUCAAAAUGGUCAUUCUAGCGAUUAUUAAUUACUCCGUAUUAUAAU